CACGUUAUGUCGGCGUGGGCCUGGCGCUAGGGGGUGAGAGCUCAGUGCUGCAGUUUCCCGGAGCGCCCCGCGAGGGCCCAGCCUGGCGGCAGGAGCCGGAUCACGACUGAGACGCAUCGUCCUGCGGACGCGGGCGGCUAUGACCCCGGAGCGCGGCGGGCCGGGCCGGGCCGGGCCGCUCCCCCCGCGCAGCCCGAGCCCCGCCAUUGACGCGCUCCAGGAAGGCGUCGCCGGGCCCUAUUGCUCGUCCCCGGGAGCCCGAGAGGAGGCCGCUGAGGGCGGGUAGCGCCGCGCUUCAUCACUCCGGUCGGGAAGCGCCCGCCGCGUCCCCCAGCAAGCGGCCCCGGGCCGCGGGCCCCGAGGAGGCCGCCAUGCGCCUGCGUUUCGCCAAGCUGUCCGAGAACGCGUCCGCCCCGUCCCGCGGCUCGGCCCGCGCCGCCGGCUACGACCUGUACAGUGCCUAUGACUAUGUGAUUCCUUCUAUGGAAAAGGCUGUAGUUAAAACUGAUAUUCAAAUUUCCCUCCCAUCUGGAUGUUAUGGCAGAGUAGCUCCACGUUCUGGUUUAGCUGCUAAGCACUUCAUAGAUGUUGGCGCUGGAGUCAUAGAUGAAGAUUACAGAGGAAAUGUUGGUGUUGUACUCUUUAAUUUUGGCAAGGAACCUUUUGAAGUUAAAAAAGGGGACAGGAUUGCCCAGCUGAUCUGUGAACGUAUCUUUUAUCCUGAUCUUGAGGAAGUUCAGAAUCUAGAUGACACUGAACGUGGUGUGGGUGGCUUUGGUUCAACUGGAAAGAACUGAAGAUAAAACUUGGAUGUAAUAAGUCCUUAUUGUACUUGGGUAUUGUAAAUUAAAUAUUGCCUUUUUUUUUUAAA